UUAUUUCAAUGGAGCCUGACUUCAAAGGGAAGAGAGCUCUUGUUACUGGCGCUGGAAAAGGGAUUGGUAGGGAAACAGCGAAAUUUCUUGCUAAAUAUGGAGCUGAAGUCAUUGCUCUGUCAAGGACUAAAGUAGAUUUAGAUUCUUUGAGUCUUGAGGUACCGCACAUCACAACAAUAUGUAUCGAUCUUGGUAAUUUGGCAGAUGUUGAAGAAAUUUUUUCAAAACUUGGUGACAUCCAUUUACUUGUAAACAAUGCUGGAGUCGGCUUAUUGGAACCCUUUACCGAGGUUACAGAAAAAGCCUUUGACACAUCAUUCAAUAUAAAUGUCAAGGCACCAUUGUUUAUUAGUAAGAUGGUUGCAAAGGGAAUGAUUAAACGGGGAAAAGGAGGAUCAAUUGUAAAUGUGUCCAGUCAAGCAUCGCAGUCUGCUUUGAAAGAUCAUACCACAUAUUGUUGUUCGAAAGCAGCCCUGGACAUGCUUACCAUGAUGGCUCUUGAACUAGGACCUCACAAUAUAAGAGUAAACAGUGUCAAUCCUACAGUUGUCAUGACAAGAAUGGGUAAAAUAGCCUGGUCAGAUCCCUUGAAGUCAAGCAAGAUGCUUGAUAAGAUACCGUUAGGAAGAUUUUCAGAGGUUGAAGAAGUUGUCAAUGCCAUAGUAUUUUUAUUGAGUGAUAAAUCAAGCAUGAUAAAUGGUGUGGCGUUGCCUGUUGAUGGAGGCUACUUGGUAUCGUAGUAGGAUAUGGUGUGACAUUAACUGUUGAUGGAGGAUAUAUUUGGUAUGACAAAAUGUCGGACAAGUUAAUUUUAUAUAAAAAGAAACAAAAGUUAAAAAAGGAUGCUUACAAUGACGGUACUAUAAAUGCAGAUAGUUUGUAAAGAUAAAUUUGGGUUAUAUAUUUAUAGAUGUUUAAAUGUUUAGGGCAUUUCAUUGGGAAAGUUUACAUUUAUUAAUUGUUCUACCCACUUUCAAAGCAAUAACCUUUUUAAAAGAAAUUAGCUUGGUACAAUAAAUUAUGUGCAUGUAAGCCCUCCCAAUUUAUGCUUUUUCUAAUUCCCACUCAUUUCAGAUAAUAUUUUGUAAACUGUUUGCUGUAUGACAUCCAAAUGGUAUCCAAGAAUCUAAGCCAAUGUCUAAUUUGCAUAACAUGACCACACGCGUGUAAAUAAUCAUUAAUCUCGCGUGGACGCAUGCGCAUUGUGAUGUCAAAAAAGGCGGGAAAAAUAAAAACAUCUUCAAUCUUCACAGGAAAAUAAACAACCUGUCUUUAUAAA